AUCAACCAAUCAGAAGCCGUAUUUCAAAUUUGUGGCAAAUUUAAAUAUUUUCUCGCUGAUUAAUCUGUCAGGAUCUUCAUUCCAUUACAAUACGUGUUUUCUUAAUUCAUUUAUUUGUGAAAUAUAAACCGAAAUGAAUAGUCAGCGCAAAGUCCUGGCUGACACAGCAAACUGUUCCAGCAAGUUGCCCAAGUUAACACCAAAGUUAACAAAAAGAAAAAGCAGCCUAAAUGAGAGUGAACCAGGGAAAAAGAGGAGGCUUGAAAAGCCCGUCUAUAAGGUCAAAACUAAUGUGGCACCCAGUUCCCGUAUAGCAAGUUCUCGAAAUACUUUAGUUUACAAUCCAAGGCGAGAAACUAUGCCUGCACGUGGAAAUGCUAUUAUGAAUAGUACUGUUGCUAAACCAGAUAAAAGUGUUGCUGCAGUUAGACCAACUUUGUCUGUCUCUCCUAUUGAAGCAAGUAAACAAAAGUUGAAAAAAAGACCCGCAUGGGACCUGAAGGGUCGUAUUCAAGACAUGGAAGAGCAGUUAAAAAACAAGAAUACAUUAGAACGACAAUUAUAUGCGAUGACUAGUCGUAUUGAUCAACUGGAGAGUCAAAAAGAACAUUUGACUGGCACUGUUAAUGAGAAGGAAGAAUUUGCCACUAACGUUUCUAAAGAAGUUGAAGAUUUAAAGCGUACCUUGCGUACUAAAGAGGAUGAGAUCUUUGAAAUGUCCACUAAGUUCCGAAGAGAAAUGGAUGAGAUAACCAGGAGAGAGUCUACUUUGUCAGCUCAGCUGAAUGGUAAAGAACUAGAAGUAAUUGCUCUUCAGUCAUCCCUAGCUGAACAGUCAGCUGCUCAUGCAACUAUUCGGGCAGACUUGGAAGUAGCUAAGCUCAAUUUUGAAUCUGCUCAGAAGGAUAUUGUUUCAAAAGGGUUGCACAUCGAUGAACUUAAACAAACUGUUCAAAACUUGGAAGCAAUUAUAGCAGAUAAUAAACAGAAGAUACUUGAGCAUGAAACCGUUCGUCGCAAGCUGCACAAUACUAUAUUAGAAUUGAAGGGAAACAUUCGUGUGUUCUGCCGUGUCCGUCCUUUGCUUACAGAUGAAAUAAACUCUGGUCAAGGAGUAAUUAGUCACAUUAACUUCCCUGAUGUUGAUGGAAAGACAGUGGAACUUGAGAGUGUCUGCUCAAAUACUCAUAAUGAAAGUUUGUCAACAUCAGUUGCUGAGAAGUCCAGAAGAAAAUUAAACUUUACAUUUGACAAAGUGUUUCAGCCAGAAACAACUCAAUCGGAGGUCUUCAAUGAAAUUUCCCAGCUUGUCCAGAGUGCGCUCGAUGGCUAUAAUGUUUGCAUCUUUGCAUAUGGCCAGACUGGUUCUGGUAAAACAUUUACAAUGGAAGGUGGUAAUGUACAAGACGAAGAGACGAUGGGUAUGAUUCCAAGAGCUACUAUUCAGGUGUUUGAAACAGUUGAAUUAUUAGUUGAGAAAGGCUGGAAGUAUGAAUUCAAUGUGUCCUUUCUUGAGAUUUACAAUGAAACCAUUCAUGAUUUACUGAGUGACAAAGAUGAGGAGAAGCACGAUAUCAAAAUGGCUGCUGACAAAUCAAGUAUAAUAACUGUUAGCAAUCUGACUAUUGUUCCAGUAACAUCUCGAGCCCAGAUUCAUAGGCUGUUGUUGAAGGCCUCUAAGAAACGUGCUGUUGGUGAAACCAAACUCAAUGAGCGCUCAUCUCGUAGCCACAGUGUGUUCACACUUGCUCUCAAAGGGAAUAAUGAUCUAACUGGAGAGAGCUGCAAUGGCUCCUUGAAUCUUGUUGAUUUGGCUGGCAGUGAACGACUCAAGGACUCUGGUAGUGAGGGCAAAAGACUUAAAGAGACUCAGUGCAUUAACAAGAGUCUCUCAACUCUCAGCACUGUAUUCACUUCUCUUGCUAACAAGGAUAACCAUAUUCCUUAUAGGAACAGCAAGCUCACUUAUCUGCUACAGAACUCUCUUGGUGGAAACAGCAAAACUCUUAUGUUUGUGAAUGUCUCACCUAAAGAAGACAACUAUCAGGAAACCUUGAAUUCUCUUCGCUUUGCAACAGUGGUAAAUAAUUGCAACAUUGGCACUGCUCAGAAGAAAGUGAAAUAGAAGAAUUUUUAUUUUGUUAGGACUAUUGUGUGUGUAUGUAUGUGUAGGUGUGUGUGUGAGUGCAUGUGUAAUGAAUUGCAUGCAAAUUUCUUAUUUCUCGCUUUUCUAAAUCUAUAAAUAUCCUAUUUUUAGGCAGUCUGCAAGAAA